AUGCCAUUUUUCAUUUUUUAUGCAUCCAACAUUCGACUUCGGCAGGAAUGUUGUGGUCGAAUGAGGGUGGUUUUUGUGUUGUGUGCUGUUAUUGUCGACUAAGAUGUUGUCUGGAUAUCUUUGGGCAGUUUUGUUAGGGUUCUGGGGGUUCGGUAUGCUGCUGUUUGGUGUCAGCAGGCGUAGUUUCAUGCAGUACAUGUGCGUAUGAUUCUACGUGAUUUAGUAUGUACUGUUUGUUAUUCACUAGCUACUCGUGAUUGUACUUCAUCCUCACAACUCGUACUUCCCACAGAACUUUUGGUUGCCGUCGCGAAACAAUCCCGGGCGAACGCAUCCGACAGCACACUCUUCGCUGUUCCGCAACGGCCAUGCCACCRCCCUUUUCCGGUGUCCCCCAGACCGGGCACYGGGCCGGUGCUUCGGCCUCCGCGGUGGGCCGCGGCGUCUUCCUGCUCUCGGUCGGGUUCGCCCUGGUGGGCCUCUGGCACCUGCACGGUGCGGCCACGAGCAACCCGAGCAACGAGGUGGGGGACGCGGUUGCCGCGGGCCUGCUUCCCGAAAGACGGCACUCCGAGCUGAGGGAGCUAUCGCGGAAGGUCGACGAGGAACGGGAAGAACGGCAGAAAGAACUGAGUGAUCACUAUAAGUACUCGUUGAAACUCUGGUCGCGACAAAAUAGGCUUGCCAACACUACCGACCAAAGGCUUGCGAUCGCUGCAGAAGACACCGCAAAGCGAAUCAACGACCUGAAGGAGGUGCUGGAACAACUGGAAGAAAAGGUCUCAGCGGUGGAUCAACGGCUGUCGGAGGAGCUGGAACAACUGGAAGAAAAGGUCUCAGCGGUGGAUCAACGGCUGUCGGAGGAGCUGGAACAACUGGAAGAAAAGGUCUCAGCGGUGUAUCAACGGCUGUCGGAGGUCCUUUCGUCCCGUGCCCAGGCUUUGCAAAACGAACCAAUCGAUGCCGCGGAGCAACAAGCGAAACCUCCCAUCGAUCUUUCCGAUCCAGAGGGACGGCCCUAUAAGAUUCACAUGUGGGACGACACGACACUCGAGAGCCCGAGGGAAGACAUACUGGUCGGUGAGGGGUGGUUCGAAUACGCCGGAAAGCGCAACGAGAACGAAGGGGGGGGCAGUCCUUCGCCCUGGUUUGUUCCCACCGACGACCCCGCUUCCGCCGAUCUCAUCGUCUGGAUCACCACCAUGGGCCAGCACGAACUCGAGAAGCCCCCGUUGGAUCCGGUCGAUCACGCCAGGAAGGUCGUUGUCCUGGAUUAUUCCGAUGGUUGCACCGUCCAUCACAAGCGUGACGAAAUAAGGGGGAACAACACCGAGUUGGCGUACUUCAAGCGUUCCUUUGUCUUCAAGGACGACUUCAACGUCUUCUUGGAGAAUUGCACCGAACYGGACAGUGGGAUUCUUCCCUAUUCCUACAGCGGAUCGAGGGUCAUGAUGGUACCCAACGACAGCAACAUAGCGACCACCAAACACCGAGCCGAACUUUUUUCGCGUGGCAUUGGAACAAUGUACAACUACCAUCCUCCCAGCGACUGGAAUUCCACCAGACGAGUCACCACUAGCAACACAACCAAGCCCGUCGAUCAAGGCUACUUCCGAGACGAACGCUACGACAACUUCUUGGUCCCGUUUGCGGAGCGGCGUUGGACCUUGACCAAUGUUUUGGUGCUCAACGACGAAUAUCACAGCCACAACAUUGUCCGCACAAAGAUUAUCGGGUGGACCCACGAGUUUUGCCGCGCCAAGGCCCACCACCCCGGCCAUGACCCCAAUGGCACCGACGUCGUCGUCGAUGGCGCCAACAACGCCAACGGUACGAGCGACGCACUCGAAUUCCUCGACUCCUCCUCCGAGGACCCGACCUUUGCUGCUUACGUCGGGCUUGUCCGGAGAGGUUGCGAUGGCCACUGCUUUGGACAAAACUACCUCCGCCACCUUCGCGACGCAAAGAUCAUCGUGACCUGCAACCCCUCCGGCUACGAGGGGGACUUCCGGCUGUGGGAGUCCUUCCUGUCCGGCGCGAUGGUCAUGGUGGACGAGAUGCUGAUACCGGACUGGAUGCCGAAUCCGCUCGUUCACGGCGUCCACUUUGUCACGUACGAAGCGAACAACCGAACGGACUUCCUGACCAAGCUGGCCUACUACUCGCACCCGGACCACUUGCACGAAGCCGAGGCCAUUGCCAAGAACGGCUACAGAUUCGUCCUGGAGCACCACAUGGCAACGAACCGUGUGGAAUACAUUCUUGACAACAUCCAUCGCACCGACUAAUCCGACACACUAGUGUGCACAAUAUUGUGCACAAUAUUGUGUGAGUGUUUGUGAAGCAAAAACACGCACAAAUGUGGUUGGUUGCCUGAAACGAAUACAAAUCAGCUGACCUC